AUGCACCUGGUGCAGCACCGAUUAAAAGCGAAUCGAUGAGAUCAGUGUGUGUUCGCUACUGCUGCUGCUGGUGCUGCUGUUCCGAUCGAUCACAGCUUUAGCAGGGGCCUAAGAAAAUCUUCUUUUAAUUUUUGGCCGGUAUUAUGAAAAUUAACAACCAGAGUCCCAGUGCAGCACCGGAGAAAGUGAAAACCCGAUCAGCCGCCAGCAAGGAGGCGCAGGAGCAACAAAAGUUGAACGGGUCACCGCUACUAGCCACGAAGGAUUCCGCGGCUUCCAAAGGAAGCAAGCAGCAGCAGCAGCUAAAGAAGGUUCCAGUUCAGGCAGCCUUCACCGCGAGCGGUACGUUCGACCGACCCUCGGUGGGCGGCGAGUCCAGCAGUAGUGGCGGUGGCGGCGGUGGUGGUGGUGCCCGUACCCGUCGACAGCUGCUGAAGAGAGAACGUGAGGAAGAAACGGAGACAGUGAAAAAAGGCGACGCAUCGAACGAAUCGGCGUCUGUCGAUUCGGAGCUACUGCAGAAAUCGUUGGCUUCUUCCGCCAAGAAGUCACAACGGGGGCACGAGGACCUGUCCGAGCAAGAGCCAUCAUCAUCCGUGUCACCACCACUGCUAGGCUUUGACGAGGCGGGUCCACAGGACGCUUCGGAGAGAUUCCCGGUACGACAGCAGGAGUCAGCUUUUGCGAGCUAUUCAAAAAGGCUCCGACUCCACACCAUCCAUUCGUACACUGCUACCGAACAGGACGACGACGAAGACGACGAGUUUGGUGCCGAAGGAUCGUCCUCGUCGACGGCUUCCGCUGUGGAGGACAUCGAAGAGGAGAUGGACCACCACCACGCCGCCGGUGGUCUGGUGACCGCGGGGAGCCGAGCGCGCAAAAUCGUUAAGCUCGAGAAAGUGGACACAGAGGAGACGGUGGUGGACGAUGAGGGCUCGACAACGAUCUUCAUGACGGAGGAGGACUACCAACUGCAUCAGCAGCAUCAGCAGCAGCAAGAUGAACAGUCUGCGAUGGAUGAGUACGACGCGACGGCGGUACCAGGGGGUGGCAAUGAGGACAUGGAAGACACGGAUGGCGGAGGUGCCGGUAGUGCGGCCUACAGUGGUGGUAACAGAUUGUUCCGCAAGAAGGUGAAACGAAAAAUCGCCCGAACUUCGGUGAGUUUUGGUGGUGGCAGCAGUGGCGAGGGCAGCGUUGUCGGAGGCAACGUCACGAUAUCGUCGGCCAAGGCGAAGGUUCAGAUGUUGCACGAGUUCCCGACCCUGUUUCUCGGGCUCCGGCGGAACCGUAUGUUUCUCGUCACCUCGCUCGCCCAGUCGUUCGAUCUGAACCAGCGCGACAUCAUUCUGGCGCUGCGCAAGAUCAAACUGAACGAGAGCAGCGCCCGGCUCGGGAUGGUGUUCGGUGUCGACUCCAACGAGGUCGACGUGCUGGUCCACACAAACGUGCCUAAGAUUGCGGACUGUUUGCGCAACUUCAUCCUCUGGCCGGAUGAUUUCACGAUGAAGAUGAACGUGCCGAUCAAGCUGCGGCAGCACUUUAACCGGAUCCACCUAAUACUGAACUAUCUGGUGGUGCGCCUGAAGUCGAACGCCGUCCGCACGCUCACGACGCUCGCCGACGUCGACGCGACGGCGAGCUACUGUCAGGUCGAGCAGUGCCACAAGGUGAAGUUUCUGAUCGCGUCGACGCUGGACGGCUGCGUCUGCUUCGUGUCGCGCGCCUUCGCCUUCCAGACGGACGAUGAGCAGGUCCUCAGCCAGUCCGGAUUUCUCACAAAGUUCAAGACCAACACGAACCUGAUCGCGGGCAAGAACUUUCACCACUUCGAGGAUCGGCUUGCCAACGGGCACCAUACGACCGAUCACACCAACAACAACGGCGGUGCGAUGGGGAACCAUGCCGACGACGAGCCGGACCACUUCGAGGACAUCGUGUCGGAGAAGAUCAGCAAAAGCCGAACGUUCAAGCUGAAGAGCUACAUCGAGAACAUCCUGGAGAACUUCCAGAGCUACCAGAUGCUUCACCCGCAGACGUGCAUCGAUGGCCGAACGUUUUCGCUGCUGGACGAUAUCGUCGUGAUCGUGGGCGCCCUCAUCAACCUGCAGAAGCAGGAGAUCGAGUAAAGGGGGGAAGGCUGCAAGUAGCGCAUCGAUGGGAGUUGAUUUCAUCGCGAGACACGAAUCGCCUGGUGGACGAGCGUAGCGACCACGCGUAGCCGAUGCAGUCCGUGAGCACACCGCGCCCUUCUUCUUACCGUGCAGCGUCACCAAGAUGCAAUGGGGCGACGACGAGGAGUGUAGUGAAGCCAUAGGAGAGCGAGUCUUACACUUAUUCGCAAUUGUAAAGCUCUUAUAUAUUACGUUUUUCUUUUUCCUUAACUCUGUCGAACCUGAUUCAGCAUCGCUAAGAACUUCCCGUGGAAGUUGUACACUCUGAAUCCAAUAGAAAAAAGGGAUCCCCCACCAACUGAGAAUCAAAUUCCCCAUUGCUGGACCGCUCUCGUUUCGGUGGUCUGUCCCGGUCGGAACCCAGCCUCGGUGAUGCGGAAGAAGAGGGCGCGACUCGCGGCGAACGUCGCGGAAAACGAGAUUCUAUUUUUCCCGUUUUUGUGUGUAAUUUUCUUUCACACCGUGGUUUACUGUGUAUGUACAGUAGAUUGUAAGUCAUAGCAGAAUGCAUAUAAUAGAGGAGGAGCUGCGUAUUGUAAGCCAACAAACCGAGUUUUGCUGGACCGUGAAGAAGGCGCUACGUGUUUUUUCGGAAGUGUGCAGUGGGAGAGAGGACACAGUACACGGAAAAAGGCCGCUUAGUAAAUGAAGAGAGUGUGUUAGGGAAAAGGAGUCGGCGCCAGCGAUAGGAUUUGGGGAACAGUGGUUUAUAAUAUGUAGUCUGUGUAGAGGUGAGCCUUGCCCAUUGGUCAUUGCACUUUCGCGGGUUCUGCUAAAACGAAACGCUUCGUUGUACAAAGAAUGACUUUGUUGUAAAAGACGUGACACAAGGUGCAGAUAUUAGUGUAUCUUGGCAAAAUAUACAUACGAUUUACGCGGGAUCACUGCGUGCGCACAUCCUUAUCUUACUAAGUAGCUUUGUUUUCAAGCGUGCUACAUCAUCAACUGGCAACUGCGCAGUGCAACUUGGACCUCGCGCGCAGAUGUUUGAAAUUCCUUCCUCUCACCUUUACAGCAACCAAUGAAAGACGAAAGUGUGUGAAAACACUCUGAUGCAGAAAUUUUGGUGGCACCGAACUACGCAAUCGCGAACUAAUUAGACUACAAAAAGCCUUGCGGGGUUGCAAAAUUCAUGUUUUGCAGGGAACAUACAAGGGAAAACAAUAGAAAUGUUACAAAGCUAAUGGGCGGUGACCACAAAAAGAGAGAGAGAGACAGCGAAGAGAAGUCUAACGGUGGUGUGCUGUCGAUUAUGCAUUGUGCAGAAAUAACAGUAACAGAAAGGAUGUUGCUUUUAAAACGCUACGCGCACUAACAUUGCUGCAAACAAUAGACAAAGAUUAGAAACCGAAGUAAGAAUGUAGCGCUUUACUGUGGAGUGCUUCACAGUGUGUGGGACAAAGAGUUAAAGCCGAACCGAAAAAACACAAUAGAAAAUAGUGCAUAAAGAUACAAACCCCGACAAGCGGCAACCGAAACAAAAGUAAGUGCGAGAGAGUGCGUGUGUGUGAAAGGGAACUGAUACGAGCGCGUGAAGUGUGUGAAAAAUAAACUGAUUGGCUGCGAGUGACUGAAACCUUUUGACAUAAACUAAUGUUCUUAUGAUAAAACAUACUAUAUGCUUGUGCGUGUGUGCAGUUCCGGUUUUUUCUGGUUUCACCGUAGGGCUGCUGCUGCACACACACACACACGGCAAAUGGUUGUAGGUGAUAAGCAUAUUCGACGAUAUAAUGAUGCCGAGAGGAGGUGUUAGCCAUAAGCGGGAAGGGAAAACAGAACACAUCAAGGGAAGGAAUCGUGCGAUUCAUGCACGGAGCGGAGCGAAGCAUGUCCACCGUGUGAAGGAUUGAAAUAUCUGAAACAUACGUAUAUGGAUAUAUGAAGAACGGAGAGGCACCGAAAGGAUGAGAAAUAAACAAUACACGAGAGAAAGACAGACUGCAUGAUUGAGAUGAAGAAAAGAGAGCGGGAAAGCAAAGGAAUUUGGCAUUGUUUGAUGGCCAAUGAAUGAAAGAAAUGGUUAAGAAAGAAUCUGGUGUGACGGUAGUGGAAAAGAGAAGAUGUUACGCUGUUACAAGGUGGCGAAAUAAAACAUUACACUCCCACGAGAAGGCGCUUUGAAAAGUGCUAGAAAAGACCCCCCCAGAAGUGUUAAGUGGAAAACUAAACUCUUGCUAAACGUUUCACACAAUCUCUAAACCACCCCCAGAUGCAUUCUUAUUCAACUGAUACUAAGCAUGAUUGCGACAGAAAGCAAACCCUUA